GCAGGCAGGCAGGCAGGCAGGCAGGCAGGCAGGCAGGCAGCAUCCCCAGGCCCAGCCACUAGUCCCAGCCCGACCGCAAACCGCCGCCCGGGCCGUGGUCUCCGCGGGGAGAGGAGCCGAGGAGCGCGGGCCGCAGGCGGCGCUGCCCGGGGCGGAGGCGGCGGGCGGCCCGCGGACCAGGAAGCGCCGCGCUCCCAGCGAGCCCGCCUCCCCGCGCGGUCCCGCCCCGGCGGCCUGGCCCCGAACGCGGCCCCGCUCCCGCCCCUGCCCCCGCCCCGGCCCCGGCCCCGGCCCCGCCGUCCCUGCUCCGGCCUCGGUCCCCAGCGCCCCGGGCCCGCAGAGCGCUCAGCCCCGGUCCCAGGCCCAGGCCCAGGCCCAGGCGGCCGCCAGGGGUCCCCGCAGCCCGGGGGUCCCCGGAACCGAAGUCGCCAGCCAAGUGUCCCCGAGACCCAGGCCGCAACCGGGGGUCCCCGAAGUCCAAGUCGCCAGUCGAGGGUCCCCCGAAGCCGAGGUCUCCAGCCCGGGUGGGGGUCCCCGAAGUCCAAGUCGCGGGUCCCCGAAGCCGAGGUCUCCAGCGGGGGGGGGGGUCCCCCAGAGUGGCCGCCAGGGGGUCCCCGCAGCCCAGGCCCCGCCCGGGGACAUCCGGCGGCGGGGCGAGUCCAGGAGCCGCGGCCGCGCCGGAGCCGCCAUGGCCACCAAGAAAAAGAUCAAAAGCAACUCUGUGAAGCUGGGCUGCAGCCCCGUCCUGCCCCUGUCACCAGCCUCCCUGUCCUGGUCCUGUGCCCCGUGAGCUGCUGCCCGGCCCGUUUGUGCCCGUGCCUGUGCCCUUUGCUUCAUUUAUCGUGUCAGGUGGAGGUGGCGGGAACAGCCAUGUGCCUGGGCCAGCACACCUGCUCCUUCCUGCCCAGAGGGGGAGGGCUGCCGGCCCAGUCUGUACACCCUCCUCAGCCGUGCCCAUCGGCACCCUUCCAGCAGGCCCGGGUCCUCUACGACUUCAAGGCGGAGCCAGGAAACAACGAGCUGACGGUGCAGGAGGGCGAGGUCAUCACUGUCACCAACCCGGACGUGGGUGGUGGCUGGCUGGAAGGCAGGAACAGCAGAGGGGAGCGAGGGCUGGUUCCCACCGACUAUGUGGAGAUUCUGCCUGGUGACGGGAAGGACCAGUUCUCCUGUGGGAACUCGGUGGCCGACCAGGCCUUCCUGGACUCCCUCUCGGCGAGCACAGCCCAGGCUAACUCAUCAGCUGCCAACAGCAACAACCAGGUCGGUGGCAGCAGUGAUGCCUGGUCAGCAUGGGGGUCCAGCAAGCCUGGGAACUGGGAUGCCGCAGAUGGCUGGGGGGGCAAGCCUGAGGGGGCCGCGGCCCAGAGGAGCACGGCCAACAACUGGGAUGCCGCUUUUGGACACCCGCAGGCCUACCAGGGGCCAGCCACCGGCGACGAUGACGACUGGGACGAGGACUGGGAUGACCCCAAGUCAUCCUCCCCCUACUUCAAGGACCCGGAGGCAGCCGAGGGGGGCGGUGCCUCCCGGGGAAACAGCCGGGCUGGCACGUCCUCCAUGAAGCUCCCGCUGAACAAAUUCCCCGGAUUCACCAAGCCCGGCAUGGAGCAGUACCUGCUGGCCAAGCAGCUGGCCAAGCCCCGGGAGAAGAUCCCCAUCGUCGUGGGUGACUACGGGCCCAUGUGGGUGUACCCCACGUCCACGUUCGACUGUGUGGUGGCGGACCCCAAGAAGGGCUCCAAGAUGUACGGUCUGAAGAGCUACAUCGAGUACCAGCUGACGCCCACGAACACCGACCGCUCCGUGAACCACAGGUACAAGCACUUCGACUGGCUGUACGAGCGCCUGCUGGUGAAGUUCGGCUCGGCCAUCCCCAUCCCGUCCCUGCCGGACAAGCAGGUCACAGGCCGCUUCGAGGAGGAGUUCAUCAAGAUGCGUAUGGAGAGGCUGCAGGCCUGGCUCACGCGCAUGUGCCGGCACCCCGUCAUCUCCGAGAGCGAGGUCUUCCAGCAGUUCCUCACCUUCCGCGAUGAGAAGGAGUGGAAGAUGGGGAAGAGGAAGGCAGAGAAGGAUGAGCUGGUGGGUGUGAUGGUCUUCUCCUGCAUGGAGCCCGAGGCGCCUGACCUGGACCUGCUGGAGGUAGAACAGAAGUGCGAGGCGGUGGGCAGGUUCACCAAGGCCAUGGACGACGGUGUCAAGGAGCUGCUGACCGUGGGCCAGGAGCACUGGAAACGCUGCACAGGGCCGCUACCCAAGGAAUACCAGAAGAUCGGGAAGGCCCUGCAGGGCCUGGCCGCUGUGUUCAGCUCCAGCGGCUACCAAGGUGAGACUGACCUCAACGAGGCCAUCACCGAGGCUGGGAAGACCUACGAGGAGAUCGCCAGCCUGGUGGCCGAGCAGCCCAAGAAGGACCUGCACUACCUGAUGGAGUGUAACCACGAGUACAAAGGCUUCCUGGGCUGCUUCCCUGACAUCAUCGCCACACACAAGGGAGCCAUCGAGAAAGUGAAGGAGAGCGACAAGCUGGUGGCCACGAGCAAGAUCACGCCCCAGGACAAGCAGAACAUGGUGAAGCGCGUGGGCACCAUGUCUUAUGCCUUGCAGGCGGAGAUGAACCACUUCCACAGCAACCGGAUCUACGACUACAACAGCGUGGUCCGCCUCUACCUGGAGCAGCAGGUGCAGUUCUACGAGACGAUCGCCGACAAGCUGAGGCAGGCCCUCGGCCGCUUUCCUGUGAUGUAGAACCUCCUCCCACAUCUGGCCAGGAAGAUGACACCCCGGCCUUCCCUCUGACGGGAGAUGUGGUUCAGUCCCACCCCGCCAUCCAAACAAGAAGGAGAAGAGGAGGAAAAGGAAGAUACUAUUAACCAGAAAAAAGGCAGCAGGGGGAAAAAAACAAAAAACAACACCCUCUCCCAUGGUAUCAACCAGCCCGGAACACUGCAGUUUAUCAAGCAGAUGUUCAUUGUGCGUUUCCAGAGACGUUACUUCCCCCAGUGAAAAAACCCUCUAUUUUUUUUUUUUUUCUGGAAAGUACUGAGAUGUCUCUAGUUUUGGGAGAUAGAAGACUAGGGGAUCUCCCCUAAGGAUGGUCCUUCACAAGCCGCCCCAGACAGCGCCCCAGCUCAGACCAUUACCCAGCACCAUCUUCAGAAGACAGACGGACACGCCUGUGUAUGUCCCUAACUCUGCCAAGCCCCCCAUCUGUGUUGGGGAGCCACCCAACUGCCUUUUCAGAGCUGACUCUGCCACUCAAGUGCUUGCGGCUUCAGGAGCAAGGACUUGGGGUUCCUGGGGUAGGGGUGAGGCACCAGGCCGUCAGUUCGCGGAUGCGCCUGCCAGUGGGGGUUCUUCUGUCCCCCGUGGCCCUGGCCUGGCCAAGCCCCGCUCCUCUCUCUGCCUUCUUCCCUCAUGAGCUCAGGAGAGCAAACACAGUCCCCACCAAAGGUGACACCUGGGGGACCAGCGGCUGGGAUAGCAGCUGGGGAGCGCGGGCAGAGUGCUCUGGUGACCUCCUGAACCCCAGAGAUCCGACCGUCCAGGGAACCCAGCCUCCAGGGUCAGCACGCCUUCUGCCACUGUUGCCUUAGCCACAGCCUCUCUCCCUGCUUUCAGCCUUCUGCCGGGACAGUUCCCUUGUAGCUGGGAGAAGCUUGGGCCAGCACAAAACGAAACCAAAACAGAAUCCAGAGAGGAGUUCUGAGGAAGGAGAGAGUCCAGGAACCUCGAGUUCUCUCACGAUCACGGGUCUAUUUGUUGUUGUUAAUGUUUUCUAAGUAAUCUCCUCCCCCAUAAACACAUCCGAUUCUUCCCUUUUAUAAAAUCUCCAGUGUUUCUGAUACAGCCAUUUAAUAUAUGUACAAAUUGUAAAGAAUAUGUAUAAAUGUUUCACACAAAUGUACAAGUGUGUAGAAGCCAACAUAUAAAUAAAUUGUUUAAAAAAAAUCUGUACAGUAAAUUCUCAAGGCACUUUUUCAAAAGCA